AUGGUUAAGAAGGCUGUCUUCUACUCCCCUACUUCUCAAGGGUGGGGAUUUGCAUCCCAUCCCUCACAACAAGAACAAGGCGUCCCUUGUUCUCCCGGCAAUGGUAUAACCAUCUUGCACAGCACUGGGGAUAACCUGAGGUACUUUCCCUGCGUUACCUCCAUGCCACCUGCUAUUGCCAUCUUCCAUACUUCCUGCCCAAAUACUGGUGGCCUGACCUGGGGACCCGGGGCCGGCCCGACCCGCCUGUUCCAGGACACGUGGAGGAGACCGCCCUCCCGUCCGGGCACCUGUAGCAGGCACGGCCCGCCCGCCCUGGGACCCGUGGCGGGCCCGGCCAACCCAUCCCUAGACAAAUGGCGGACACCGCCCACCGGUCCCAGGACACGUGGUGUAAACCGCCCAUCCGUACCGGGACCCGCAGCGGCCCAGCCCGCCCGUCCCAGGACAUGUAGCGGGCAGUGCCCGCCCGUCCCGGGACCCACAGCGGGUUGGGUUAACUGUCACGGGACACGUGGUGGGCACCACCCGCCUGUCCCAGGAACUGCGGCGGGCCUAGGCCCCCCGUCCCAAGACACGUGGCGGGCACCAGCCCGCUGUCCCGGGACACGUGGUGGACACCGCCCGCCCGUCCAUGGACCUACGGUGGGCCCGGCCCGCCUGUCCUGGGACACUUGGCAGACACCGCAUGCCCAUCCCGGUAACCGCAGCGGACGCCUGCCCGCCCGUCCUGGGACGAGUGGCGAACCCCUGCCCGCCCAUCACAGGACCCGCGGCGGGUCCAGCCCACCCGUCCCAGGAUGCAUGGUGGACGCCUGCCCACCCAUCCCGGGACCCGCGGCGGUGUCUGCAACGUGUCCAGGACGGGUGGGCCGGGCACACCGGGGGUCCCGGGACAGGCAGGCGGUGUCCGCCGUGGAUCCCGAGACAGGCAAGUGGUGUCUGCCAUGUGUCCAUAGAAGGGCGGAGUCCUCCACGCGUCCUGGUACGGGCGGGCAGGGCACGCCACGGGUCUCGGGACGGCCAGCAGACACCAGCAGCCAUUCCCGAGACCCCAAGCGGACCCAGCCCUCCCGUCCUGGGAACCGUGGCGGACGCCUGCCCAGCCAUCCCGGGAUCCGCGGCGGCCACAACCCGCCUGUCCCAGGACACGUGAUGGACACCGCCCUCCUGUCCGGGGAUACGUGGCGGAUACCGUAUGCCUGUCCCGGGAUGCGUGGUAAACACCGCCCGCCCAUCCUGCCAGUCCUGGGACACGUGGCGGGCAAUGCCCCGCCCGUCCCGGGACACGUGGCGGACACCGGCCACCUGUCCCUGGAACUGCAGCGGGCCCAGCCCGUCCAUCCCAGGAUACGCGGUGGACACUGCCCCUUCGAGCGAGUGGGCCCUCUCUUGCAAGGCCUGCUGUUGCAAAACCUCCGGAGUGAUCUGGAUUUCAUGAACGCGUUCUUCCCAUACGCCAGCCUUCUGUGUCUCUUCUUGGCUGUUCAGCUCCAUCAUCAUCAGUCAGAAGAGAAAUCUCGCCAGCGAAUAGGGAGCCACAGCAAACUAGAUGACUAUUCUUCCGGAUUUCGAGCAACAUCUGGACAAAACCAUCCUAAUAACAGCUGCUGCCAAGGCCAGGAGAGCGUGAGAGCGAAGGCAAGAAGGAAACCGCCCACAUCAGCUGCUGACAGAUCGUCUUCCGACUCCUCUUUCAAGAGCGGGCGAGAGGUCAACAGCCAUUGCCAUUCUUCACGAAACUCUCAGUCUUUGAAGGCGGAAAACGAAGUUGGUAUCUUGUGUCCAUUUCUCGCAGUUGAAAAACUCUAG